AUGGCCUCUUUGACCAUUCGCGCUGGGUUAAAUGCCAGUACACGUUUACCCACAUCAUCACUACUCAUCAUCGGACAUAAUCGUCACAUCAAAGCUUUUUCGUAUGAUGAAUUGAAGCCCAAAAUUGGAGAAUGUGUCUCUGAAGCACAGUGGAAACAUGCUGUGGAGAUACUGCCCAACUCUGGAUCACUCCCUCUGUACUUUAACCAAGCCAGAAUAGCUUCUAUCUCUGACAAACUAUCGAGAGGAAAUUCUCCAGCCAAUCCAAUUGAGAUCUUCAAAGAGGUUAAGAGCUCAAGCUCUCUCAAGGGUUCUGAGACGAUGAAUAUUGUUUUACUGGCUGAUUAUGAACACGUAUUAGCCAGUGUUGCUGCUAUUUCUCGCUCUUUCCCAACUUACUGUCGCAAGACUGGUAAGUCUGAGGACAAUAUUAGCAGCAUUGAAGUUGAAGUUGUUGUCACCAAUGGAAAGGCCCUCACAGAGAACGAUGUUAGUUUCUUAUCUGCUCUUUCACACGCUAUCAGAGAAGCUGGACGCCUUAUUGAUGCUCCAGCCAAUGAACUUACUACCGAUGCGUUGGUUGAUGAAGCCAAGGUGGUUGCAGCCAGUCUUGGACUGACCCCUACCAUAAUCCAAGGUGAAGAGUUAUUGAACCAAGGGUUUGGAGGAAUCUAUCAUGUAGGUAAGGCUGGUCCUACCCCACCAGCUUUUGUAGUUCUUAGUCACAAACCAGCGGGUGCUACCCAGACCUAUGCACUCGUAGGUAAGGGCGUUGUCUAUGACACCGGUGGAAUGCAAAUCAAGGGAAAAACUGGAAUGCCAAAUAUGAAGAGAGAUAUGGGUGGAGCCGCUGGAUUUUUACAUGCUUUUGCCACUUUAGUAAAGGCCGGUUUCAAACAGAAUCUCCAUGUUUGUUUGUGCAUUGUUGAAAACCACGUCAGCCCGAUCGCCAAUAAACCUGAUGACAUCAUCAGAAUGCUCAGUGGAAAAACUGUUGAGAUCAACAAUACUGAUGCUGAAGGUCGUUUGAUUCUUGCUGAUGGAGUUUAUUACGCUAAACACACCCUUGGUGCUGACACUAUAAUUGAUAUGGCAACUCUUACUGGAGCUCAAAGUUAUUUGACUGGAAAGCUUCACGGAGCUGUCUUGACUAACAGUGAAGAUUGGGAAUUGAAGGCUCUCCAAGCAGGAAAGAGAUCGGGAGAUAUGCUUGGACCAAUGCUCUUCUGUCCUGAAGUUCAUUUCCCUGACUUGAAGAGCAAAUUGGCUGACAUGAAAAACAGUAACUUGGGAAAAAUGAAUGGACCUCCAUCAGCAGUAGCGGGUCUUUUCAUUGGAGCUCAUAUUGAGUUUGGUGAAGGGUUGAACUGGUUGCAUCUCGAUAUUGCUGCUCCUGCCGAGUGCGAAGAUAGAGGAACUGGGUACGGGCCAACACUUAUGAGUGCUUUGUUGGGAAACGACACAAAUGUCCCAUUAUUACAUCAUUAA